UGAAAAAUUAUUGGAUAAUCUCCAAUUGACUGUUAUAGGCAUUGUUUUCAAGCACUAAGGGUCGUAUUGCGUUUCCUUCGCUUUGUCACCUUUGGUACGGCGAUUCCCACGGACUCAGAAACUAAUAAACGUCCCGAACAACAUCCAAGGGCUGUAUGAGAGAACGGCGGAGUCGGAUUCAACUGCUUUUUCACACUUUCGUGAGACUAAUAACCUUUCAUAUUGCUGGCUGCUCACCACUUAGAAGGAUUUUUAAUUUAAAAAAAAGUGUUUCAAAGCAAAUCUUAUAGUCUGGUCAAAUGAUUUGACGAGAAUAUGUUUUUUACCUUUUCUUUUGAACAAUUAUUGGUCCAUACAUUUUAAGCCCAUAUUUGAUGGCCUAAUAAAUGCAUUACAAAUGUAAGAAAAUCGUUAUGAAUCAUUGAGAAAACAAAUUUCGUUUGUAAUAUGGAUAGAAACGGAUUUAGGCCUAUUUGUUAUCUAAUUUGAUCUGUUUAUGGAACAAUACAUAAGGACAUUUUGAGGCCAUACGAAAUAAAUAUGUCCACAUUUGGGAGAGCUUGUUGCAGGUGUCGCUUUGAUAUAGGUGUAAAUAUUUACGGAUUUAAGUAAAGUAGCUCUAUUCAAAUUUGCAGUUGGCAAUUGACUUCGAACGCUACUUCCCAUCUCGACUGAUAUGGCCGCAUCCAGCCAAUCGUGGACAGGAAAGUCCACAUCAAAGGGAAGUCCAGCCAAUCAGCUUUCUCCCUAAGUGUUAAACGGUGUCAUAAGCAAAACUGGAGACUAUUAAAUUGGAACUAAUCUGGGUGAUGGGUUAAAGUGGAAAUCUUCAUGUCGUUGUUGCGUCCUCUUCUGUGCUGGAAUACACUGACAGUCUUAAAAGGAUAUAUUGUAAGACUAAGGACUAUUGUAGGUCUAUUUAAGCCAAGUAUAUAUAACUUUUUCCAAAGUCCUGGAGAUUUUGGACAGAAUGGCAUCAAGUGAUUGCUCGGGAAAAGCUGUUCAGUACAGGGUCGAUCAUCUGCUGAGCGCCGUGGAAAACGAGUUACAGGCGGGAAGCGAAAAGGGGGACCCCACGGAAAGAGAGCUGAAAGUCAGCUUGGAUGAAAACGAGUUGUGGCAGAAGUUUAAGGAACUCACCAAUGAGAUGAUAGUAACCAAGAAUGGGAGGCGAAUGUUUCCAGUGCUGAAGGUAAACGUAUCCGGCCUGGACCCGAACGCCAUGUACUCCUUUCUGCUGGACUUCGUGGCCGCUGACAAUCACAGGUGGAAGUACGUGAACGGAGAGUGGGUCCCCGGGGGCAAACCCGAGCCUCAGGCGCCCAGCUGCGUGUAUAUCCAUCCAGACUCCCCAAAUUUCGGUGCGCAUUGGAUGAAAGCUCCGGUCUCCUUCAGUAAAGUCAAACUAACCAAUAAACUCAACGGAGGCGGACAGAUUAUGUUAAACUCCUUGCAUAAGUACGAGCCCCGGAUCCACAUCGUGCGCGUCGGUGGACCGCAGAGAAUGAUCACCAGUCAUUCGUUCCCUGAAACGCAGUUUAUUGCAGUCACAGCGUAUCAGAAUGAAGAGAUCACAGCCCUCAAAAUUAAGUACAACCCGUUCGCUAAGGCUUUUCUGGAUGCCAAAGAAAGAAGUGACCAUAAGGAAAUCAUAGACGAUGUUGGGGACAAUCAGCAAUCAGGUUAUUCCCAAUUAGGCAGCUGGUUUAUCCCAGGCUCAGGGUCUCUCUGCUCUUCAUCAAACCCACACUCCCAGUUUGGGAGCACCCUCUCCCUCUCCUCCCCCCACGGCUGUGACCGUUACUCCUCCUUGAGGACUAACCGCUCCGCACCCUAUCCCAGCCCCUAUACCCACAGAAGUGCAUCACCCACUGCUUAUUCAGACAGCUCAUCUAGCUGUCUGUCCAUGUUGCCGUCCCAUGACAACUGGUCCAGCCUGCAGAUGCCGUCCCAUUCCGGCAUGAUACCCAUGAGUCAUAGCGGCACCUCCGGGAGCAGCUCCAGCCAGUAUCCCAGUUUGUGGUCAGUGAGCUCCUCCUCACUCACCCCAGUCUCCCAGUCCAGCGGAAUGUCCAACAGCUUGGGCUCUCAGUUCCUGCGCAGCUCUACAACUCAUUACCCAGGGCUCUCGCACCCAGCCACAGUGCCCCUCUCAGGCUCCCCGCUGUAUGACAGCACUGCCCCAUCGGAAGUUCAUGAAGCCUCACAGUACGACGCCUCUCCCCAUGCGCGCUUAGCCACCACCUGGACUGCCAUCACUCCUCCUUCCCUGUAGGGCGGCGCACUUCCAUUAUUAAUCCGGUUUCUAUUGUUGCUCUGUUGCUUUUCCUGGUGCUGGACUUUUGACAGAUAAAUACAACAUUAUUUGUUGCAUUCAGUGACAAAAGUAAGAUGAAUCAUAUUAACAGGUAUAUGAAUAAAAUAUCCAUGUUUAUGUUACAUGCUUACUCUGUGGAGUACCAUUGAAUUAGCACAAUUGAUGUUCUGUGUAAGAGAAUAUUAAAGAAGAGUAAUUCUAUUUUAUAUUUUUAUGGAAUGAUAUCCAGCAAGUUAAAUUUAAUUCUGUUGCCUCUUAUUAAUUUUGUUGUCAUUUUAUUUUACAAUCACACUUAUAAAGUGAAAUAAUCCAAGUCUUGGGAAUAAUAUGUCAGACUAUUUAUACUUUGUAUUUCAUAGCACAGCACCUCCUAGUGCUAAUUGUAAAUAUUUCUCUUUGCCUUGUCCAUAUUGUAAAUAUAAAUAUCAUUUUGUUUAUAUUAUUUGUACCUUCUUUGGCUUUCAUUGUAAAUUGAUGGUUUUCGAAUUUGUAUACAUUGGAGAAGAUUGCUAUCGGUCUGCCCACUGUGGUAUUGAGGCAAACAUUAAAUGGUUUUGUAACA